UUACAGUUAUUUACAAGAGGAAGGAAAUGGGUGUAUACUGAAAAUAAACAUAAACAGGACACAAAAAUAGCAACGGAAACCGGCCGGUCUAAAAUGAAAGCGUAAAUAAAUUCAUUCACAAAUAUUAAUAAAUUGUGGAGCCAGUUAAAAGGAAUUGCUUUAAUAUGUUGAAAUAUCGCUCAAUAAUUCGGGACAUGCCGCGCACCAUAUCUGAUCUGGGUUGUGUUGGUUUCGUUAUCAUUUUCAUUCCUCUAUGCUUUGUUUUCCAAUUAUGUGUGGUGCUGCCUGUAUUCCAUGAACCAUACAGUCUGAUGUUUAUAUUGACUUGGACGGGUGGAAUAUUUGUGGUUUUUCAAAUUGCUGGAAACUUUUUAGCUUGUAUGUUAGUGGAUACUAGCAUAAGAGCUACGAUACUUGUACCACCUCCUGAACCACAAUUGCGUAAACUUUGGCGUUUCUGUUCGAUAUGUGAAGUUGUUGCUCCCAUACGAUCAUGGCAUUGUGACUCGUGCAAAUGCUGCAUUUUGAAAAGGGACCAUCACUGUAUUUUCACCGGCAACUGUGUGGGACAUCGCAAUCAACGUUACUUUCUGCUGUUCAUCGUCUACGUCAUUAUAGGUUGCGCAUACUGUUGUCUUUACAACUCUGUCUUCUUUUGGUAUCUACGUUAUGACAUUUAUUUCAAUCUUAAAACAGGACUAAGUUUAAUGUGUCCUUUUUUGGGAUUCUUCUUUGACAUGUCCUGGAACAAUUUGUACCUACUGAUCUAUGAGCUGAGUUUCAUUUGUCUGUUGUAUGCUUUAAUUCUAUUGCUAUUCCAUAUGCCCAACAUUUUGAAGGGUUCCACGACGCAUGAAAAUCAAACAUCAAAAUACGAUUGUGGUCGCCAGCAAAAUUUGGAAAUGGUCUUGGGGAAAAGUUGGCGUUGGGUAUGGUUGGCGCCUUUUGUGAAGAGUGAGCUGCCCCAUGAUGGCAUUCACUGGGAGACCUUGUUAAGGCAUUCAAGUAAAAAUCGUUAGACAAACGUUUUGGGUUACUGAUUUGUAAAAUAAAUUUUUCAGUAUUGAAUUUCUUAGCUCUCU